CCGCUUGGUCUCCGCUUGCUGUGUUGGCGGCAGGCCGGGCAGUGUUAGCCUAAGCUUUUGCUGAGUCGGCGGCAGUGCUGCGGGUGUCUCACGCCUAGCUGGCUGAUGAGUGCGUUUGCGACGGCUGUCGAGGCCGCGCUUCCCGAGACAGGCGCCGUGCCUGACAGCUUCUUCCUCGGCCUCUCCUGCAUCCUCCUCCUCGGCUACACGGUGUUUCGGGUGUUUGGCGCGUUGCGGCUGCCGGGUGCUGUCGGUGUGAUGCUCGCGGGCUGCCUCCUCUCCCCUUUCGCUGGGCCGGCGAUACAUGUCGUGCUACCGUCCAUCCAGGAGGUCGCCUUCAUCCUCCUCCUCUGCCGCGCCGGCUGCGAGACAAACAUGGCCGACCUGAACACGAGCGCUGUCCUCCUGGCGACGCUCCCGCUGCUCGCGGACCUGACUGGCAUCGGCCUGUGGGUCCACUUUGCGUGGGGCGCGACGGUGCCGCAGGGCCUGCUCGCCGGCGUGAUGCUCGCGCCGCUCGGAGAGGGGCUCGUCCUGCCGCUGAUGCACGAGCUGCGCGGCGAGGGAUCUCGGCCCUCAAGGCCUGUCACGGAGCCUCCUCGGAGCCUUCUCGAGCCUUUCCGUAGGCGAGGACCUCGGCCCUCUGCCGAGGCUGAUCGCGUGCGUCGCUCCGCUCGA